AUGCGACAAUUUGGAUUAAGACAGGCCAUUCCACCUUCUAUUCCACGUGGCGAGGCAGAGCUUCGGAGACAGCGACAAAUUAAGCAUUCUGCAGGAAAAUCGCAUAAUUGGGAGGAAUUCCAUGUCAAUUACGUUCAAGAAUACAAUCGCGUUCAAGCAAGUGUGUUGUCAGAAGAAAUUCCCUUCGAUGUAGCUAGUUUCCCUGAUUACAUACAUUGGUUCCAACAAAAUGGUAUGUACACAGUAUUCUUCGAUUCUCAGUGCUUGGGCGGCCUAGAUAAACCUAUUCCAUAUCCUCGAGAUAGUAUCGAAUGGACUGGCUACAUGCCUAGUGGUCCGCCACUGGCUCGAAUUGGGUUACGUGAGUUAAAGAAUGCCGCAUGGGGGAUAAAAUGUGCUACUACUAGUAGAUGCAAGAAGAUAGGGAAAUCUGUAUUGAGGUCCUGUGUAGGAAAUUUGUUAGAUCUGAACUUGGAGCCUAGGCUGCAAAGCAUGCUCACUGAGGCUAGGUUACCACUGAAGAUUGAAGAUAUUCCAUCUGACGAUGAUGCUUCCUAUAUUGCUCAGCCACCAAGCCCCCCAAAAGAGAGCAAUUCUAAUGUGUUUAAUGAAUGGAUAUACUCUAGCAAAGGUUUUACAACAUACUUGAAGGCUGGUGAAGCAAUGAGCGAUGGAGAACCUACAACACAAGAUGUAGGUCAAGUGACCCAACAGACCAACUCUAAUGAGCUGGUUAGAACUAGUAGGCAUCAAUCUAGGAGUCCGUAGCAAGCAGUUGAUUAGAAUGGCCAUCCCCAAUAUGGAUUGUAAUAGUUUAAAAACUAAGUUUUCUCACUCCUUAUUUGAUAAGUUCAUGUGGCAACCUACCUUGUAUGAAUAUGGCAUCAUGUUGUCA